AUGAGUGUUAAGAAGUAUGCAUUGAAAUUCACUCAGCUAUCUCGUUAUGCCCCAGAGUUAGUGGGCAACAUAAAGUUUGCAUCUGGUCUCUCGGAUGAUUUGGUAUUGGAAUAUAAGGGAGCAAUGCUGAAUAGGGACAUGGAUUUCUCAAGUUUAUCAUUGCAUAUGCAGAAGGUAGAAGAGGAAAAGAAAAUGUUGGCUGGGCGAUGUGGGAAAUAUGGAAAGGAUUAUUCUGGACAGUGUCAGUUUGGUAGUCUUGUGUGCUAUGCCUGCGGCCAGCCAGGCCAUAUCAAGAGGGACUGCCCCUCCGCGAGAGAAAACUUUAGAGGUGCUAAGUCUCAGUUGAACUCUACAGCUCUGCCACCUAAGGGUACUACUUCCACUACUGAAGGUGGUCACAAUCGGUUAUAUGUCAUAUCUAACCGACAGGAUGCAAAAACUUUGCCAGAUGUUGUUAUUAGUAUGUUAUAG